AUGAAGGAGAGCGUAAAAAAUACUGGAAGACUGUAUGUAAUGAAGACGGUGGUUCUCAAGUAUGUUCUUGGCUCGCCAGUUGUGAGAGUCAUGAUACUCCCUGUGGUGCUGCUGAUGCUGGUCGUUGCAUACGGCGACAUUACUGUGCAGCAGAUUCUGACAGACAUACAGGACGAGACAAAAGACCCACAUUCAAGCAACAACCAGAACAUCAAGGAUUAUGUGCUUGUUGCGCUGUCUUCUUAUGUGUUUGGAUUUGUAUCGCUGAUGAUUAUGUCGAGCUAUGUAGAAACAAUAUGCAGGGUGUACAUUGUUGAUCAGUACCGGGACCACAUCUCGAUGUCGUUUCCGGACUUCAAACGCCUUGGAGUUGGAAACAUGAUUUCGUUUAUGAACAGAAAAGUCGGGUCGCUGCGGGAUGUUCUUGAGUCGAUAGUGAAGUAUUUCAUUAUAGGAAUGUGCUACAUCACGAUGACGAUGACGAAGAUCGGGUCGGAGCUGGAAUGGUACUACAUGGCGCUGAUGGCUGCUGUGUCUGUGAUAUACGGGGUGUCUGCGUUUUUUGUGAAUUACUAUAGGAGCAUUAUCCGGCCCAAGCUGAACAGGGAGGUUGAUCUGUCAAGAAGGAAGGUGUACAACAACCUGAUGAACCACGACAUAAUCAAGUCGUACAACAACGAGGAAGAGGAGGCGAAUGAUCUGCACAGAUCGAUGGAGAUGAUGACGAAGUAUGCAAAGAUAUUCUGGGGAUCGCUGCAGGUGGGCAACUUUGUUGGAGAGAGCAUAUUUACGAUUGCGAUGUUUGCGAUUACGAUGUACUUUACAAAGGGGGACACAAGCAGGAUCAAGUCUAAGGAUUAUAUGCUGAUGAUUUCGCUGAGCAACCAGCUGAGGAUAUACUGUGUGGAUAUCAGCAACAGCUUUGGAUCGAUACUGAUGAAUCUGACAAAUAUAGCACAGACAAGGAAUGAAGAGGAGAGGCCAGACAUGCAAGAUUAUGGAUGCUACAAGGACCGGCUUGAGACUUCUAUAAAGAUUGCCGAUGCAAGUGUAUGUGUUGAAGGAAAGAGGCUUGUUGAAGGGCUUAAUAUGGAGAUACGGAUGGGAGAGAAGAUUGGAAUUACGGGGGGGAAUGGAAGUGGCAAGACGUCGUUUGUAAGGGCGUUACUGGGAUUUUUUGAUUAUUCAGGAACUAUUGUUGUGGAUGGAGUGGAGCUGAGGACGCUUAGCAAGAAGGGGCUGAGGAGAAUGAUAUCGUAUUCGCCACAAGAACUGCAGCUAUUUGAUGAUACUGUUAUGAACAACAUCAACGAUGGGAAUCUCAAGAUGUGCCGGGAAGAGAUUGUUGAAUGCUGCAAGAUGUAUGGAGUGGAUGAGAUGUUCCAAAGUCUUGAUAAAGGGUAUGACACGCUUGUUGGGAUGGGCGGAAAGAGAUUGAGUGGCGGGCAGAAGCAGAGGGUGAGCCUGAUGCGGGCAGUAGUGAAGGAUGCAUCCGUGUAUGUAUUUGACCAGGUGACGUCGCAUCUGGACAAGGAGACAGAGAUGUAUCUUGUUGACAUGAUCAUGAAGAAUCUUGCGGACAAGACGGUGAUAAUGAUUAUGCAGAAUGCGAAUAUGUUUGAGAAGUUUGACAGGAUAUAUCGGUUUUUGUCGCCAGAGGGCCACUGA